AGACGUUUUUAUAUCGUCAUCCGGUAUAUAUCGUUAUAUCGAACAGCCCUAGUGGCUGCUGUGAAAAUUUCAUUGGUUUUUGAAGUUCCUUUUCACUGUCACCAUCUUGGUUGCAGAAAACGGAUGUGAUUUGAAAAGAUGGGUCUGACUGGGAACCACUUGCUAACUUGCUAAUGAUUUGUGAUUGGCAAGUUGUUAGUCAUUGAAUGAGUAGGCAAUACCACGAUCCAGCUUUAAGGCACUUAUGCAUUGGCUUCAUUUUUCCAACAUGGAAGCUAUGACAAUGUUUUGUUUUUGUUAGCUUUAUUGUUGUUUUCACAGUAGACGAGGGAUUAGUAAUUAAUAUUUACCAAGGGGCCACAUGAGAAAUUAGGACUGUUGUGGAGGGACGGACCAAUAAGCUUAUAAAAUGAGCAAAAGUGAGUUGAGCUAUAGGUAGAGGCCAUCUACAGCAACCCCAAUUUCUAAUAUGGACCCUUGGGGGAAAAAUGAAUUACCCAGUCCUGUUUCAAGAUGUAAAAGCUUUACCCUCAUCAGGUAUAAAAUAAUCAUUUGACAUGUAGAUGUGUGAACUCUUUAUCCCUCCUGGCAAAAAGAUCAAGAAGAAAUGAACGAAAAGAGCAAACAUAACAGCAAUUAAAACAAAUACAGGGAAUAUAAGUAUUCCUUUAGCGGCUGUGAAUUUAGUGCAUAUAUUUUUUAUCUUACCAAUUUACCACUUGGCAGGUGCUACAUAUGUGCGCAUUAACCAGUUACGAGUUAAUCUGACACGUGUAUUCACCAUCUGUUAUGCAUUACAGCACAAGCUGAUUUUCAAUCCUCUGCUAAGAUUUAAGUUUCCAGAUCUUUGUUUCAGCUUUAUUUUGUGAGUUUUCUGAUGUAAGCAGAUUAUAAAAUUUUGAUAUAAUGCCAUUUCUUAAGCAGGCCUUGGUGCGUGCAUUUUUAAGCCUUUCUGUUGCAUGACUGGAGAAGACUGGCUCAUCCCCCACCCCCAGGCACUCUCUUUUGCUUGUGAAUUUUUACUGAAAUAUGAUGUAUAGAAUGCUUUUCUAUAGCUUUCUCAGUAAGCACACGGUUCAUGUGUGAAUUAUGCACAGCGUAUCAAGUUUAGGUUCACUUCAGCAAAAGAAGGCAGCUGUGUGUUCAUGAUUUAUUCAGAGUGGAGGUUUUGUUUCGUACCAGAGGUCCAUGUGUAAGCAACAAUUCCAGAUUGCAUAACGAGCAUGUCCCAGAAACGCCACUGAGUUUUAAAGCUUUAAACAAAGUAAAUUAAUCAAGCACUCGCAAUGUCGAAAUUUUAGUCAUUCUGUGUCUUAGCAGAUUAGGAACAUGAAAGAGUAAUUUGCUUCCCUUGUUUUAUUUGACACAGACACUUCAUUCAAACUAGCUCACAUUUCUCUCAGGCUAUUAUUUAUUUUCUCAAUGAAUGCUUCAGUGGCUGUGCUUUCAUGUUUGUUUGUUAGCUUGCUGGAGUCAUUACCUGGGGAAAAAAGGUAGAUUGAAUCCUGAGGCUCAUUUCAGAAUCCGGAGUUCAGCCUGAGUUCACAUGCUGUGAGAAACAGAUUUAUUCUGUUAUUUUUAUCUUGUUUAUUCAGUUUGCACACACAGAUUGCACAUGCACACACACUCAGGGAGGAUAAAAUGAGAUGAAAGAGCGGAGUUUUUAAAAAAUCCACCUUAAUCUGCUCUGCUCUUAAGAGAGAUAUCACACUUUCCUAGGUAUUAUGUAAAAACAGGAGGGCGAACUGUUUCAAAGGCCUCUUUGCUGCUCCGCUCCACUUUCCAGUGUAUAUCGUUUGGGGCUGGGCUCAGGUUACCUACCCCAGGUGUCUGAAUUAUUCAGCUGCUGUUGACAUUUACAGAAUAUGGCCAUGUAUGAAGUGUCAUCGCUUGCCGCAGCUCAGGACCAUAAGCUGUUCGUUUUCGACAGAUGGCUGCUGCUCUCGUAGCCUCAGAGGUCAUUCUGCCUCAAUCAACACUGCUGUCGGGAGUGAGAGUUGAUACGUAAGCCUGGCGAGUGCUGGACCAGACUAAGUGUCAGGGAUUUGUUACAUGUAGGAUUACUUUUGAGCUGGACAACUUUGUUAUUUCCCUCCCUCUUCUUAGAUCAUUUACUAUCAGUGCUUUAAGAAGCAGUGCUUUUUGGGAACAGCUGGCUUUAAAGAGGAUAUUCAUUUAGAGGAGUCUCUCCCGAGCUCCUGGGUGUCCUGUCUUCCAUUGCAGCUUUCAUGGCAUUGAUGGCUCUGUUUUUUCUUUACCUCAACAACAAAUUGUCAAUGGAGAGUCCUGACAAUCUGUCACAUCUCAGUGACUAUAAGAACAACCAGCCAGGUACUCAACACACUCAAAGAUUUAUUACACUAUUAAAUCUGUAGAAAUUUAUGCAGACGUUUGGAUUGCUCUCGGCUUUAUCGUGUGGGCAUCACUGUAAUGACAGCGCGUCCACAUCUUUAUGAGCCAUGCUUAAACUGAACAUUGUACCUGCUGCAUUAUGAUAUUAAUGGCAGCUUUGCAUCCUCUUAGCUGUGUUCUGUUAAAAAAAAUACAACGGCAUAUGAACUGAGACAACAUUUCUCCAAGUCAAAACGAUGUCAUUCUAUUACCUCGGCUUACUGUUUUGUUUCUUAAUUUGUACACUUGUACAGAAUUUGCUCUCUGAUUAAGAAUUAAAACCUUCUCAACUUGUCUAAGUCUACUUAUGUCCUUCUUAGGUCUUCACCAAGGUUCCUUGGACUUUCCCGUUGUUCUCAGUAUUGGUCAGUCCAUUGAGUUCUGUCAAAUAAAUGAUUUUUCUGUAGUCAAUCAUGAUCACUAAGGAGAAGUAAUUAGGCCUUGGCCUUGUCAAGUUAAGACAUAGUAGAACCUUAAGCACCACUUAUUAGAAGGCUUAAGUAAGCAUAUUUUAGCCUGCAUGUAUAUUUUUUGAACCUGGGUUGAAUAGGGAAAAUCCAAACUAAAUUCAAACUUGUGCAUCCAACUCUUGUUAUCCCUCAGCCAUAAAAGGCUGAUGGUGAAUUGUGGUGAUGUGUUGUUCAGUGUAGAAUUGGUUGCAUGUAUUAGCGCUGAUGCCAAAAAGCUUGACCCAACAAUUACCACAGUUCAUCCACCGAUGAGUCACCGUUGCAGCCCGUGGAUUCAGGCUGUUAUGAUUAUUGAAUGUUCGGUUUGCAAACGAGUCAUAAUGUGUGCUGUUUGCAAAAAGCACCAAGACAAAACCAGCACAGUGUCAGAGUAGAGGAAGUAAGAGUUAGCACAGUUGGCUUAAACCAUUAAAUGUGUAACACUGCAGUUUUUGUAUUUUCUUAUUUUGAAGGCAGAAUAAUACACAUUUUAUUGCUUUUGCUGUGACACACAUAGUCUUGUCUAAGUCUUGAACUGAAAGCUAUUUUUGUGGUCUUAAUUGUAUUUUUCUUUUAGUCUAUGACUAGGCUUACUCUACAUCCGUAAAACUGCCCGAUAAUGUCUAAGCAUGAGACCUGUAACGAGUAUAAUUCUUAUUACCACCAUAUUGGUGCGUAUGUACAUGUCAGCACUCACUGUAACACUGCCAGCACACCAUGCUAACAAACACAUGUUGUGUCAGUGCCUCUGAUGAGCUAAUCUAGUGAUCAGCACGGUGACAGGAGGAACCCCGGCUGAGAGAUGGCCUUCUUCAAGAGUUUCCAGCAGAACCUCCCAUCUGUCAACAUUUCCUCCAUCUUGGACUCAGUCACCAGUCGUGUGGACGAUCUUGCCAAUGCCGUCAGCGAUGUCACCUAUGCUGUCAGUGACCAGCUGACCGAACAGGUCACUACUAUCAUCGACAAGGUGCAGGAAAAGGAAGAUGGAGAAAACGGCAGCCAGGAAUUGGGUCAGAAUUCCACCCUGCAAGAAGGCAAGUCCGGGAGUAAAAGCAUGUGGCAAAUGCCCAGAGACUCAGAGGGGGGGAACACAGGCUCAAAGAACAGCCAAACUAGUGAUACAACCGAGGCAGAGAACACUCAGAGCCAGCUGGAGUGGGAAUGGAGGGACGGAUGUUGGCGAGUUAAAAAGACAGAAGCCGAGUUAGCAGAGGAAGAGAGGAGGAAGAAAGAGGAGAAGGACCUACAGGAGAGGAGAGAACAGAGGAGAAGAGAAAGGAGACAGAAGCAGCUGGAGAAAGAAGCCAAGUCUCCGAGAAAUGAAGAAGACUCUCAAGAGGAGAAGGCUGAUGAUUUAGAAAACACAGAAAAGAAGUCAAAUGACCAAUCAGCUGUUCAGCAAAAAAGUGGUGACAAUGAUAAAACUCCUCAUUCACCUGGUUGUGAGAGUGAAAGCAGGGUGUCAAAGCAGGAAGAGCAAAACGAUCAUGAGGAGGAGGGAGAGAAGGUAGAGGAUGGCACUGAGCGAGAGGGAGACGAUGAGGAAGAAUCUGAGCUUUAUAGAUCGUCUUCCAGAGUGAAAACGUCGGAUAAGAAAAAGGGGAAAGUCGCAAAAGAGGGUUCGAAAAAAACUGAAAAGGCUUCGGAUGUGGAGAAAAAGAGGGACAAAGGCAAGAAGAGCAAAAAGGGGAAAAAGAAAGGAAACCAAGAGGGAGUUUUAUCAGACAGUGAGGAGGACAGAAUUCCAGAGGGCGAGGCCCAGCAGAACACAACCUCUGCAUGGAGCAGCACACGCAAACAGUCAUCUGAGCACGGAGGAUACAGCAGCGAGGCCUCCAGUGAACAGGCCAGCAGCAUCCAGAGGAUAAAGAAAGAUUCCUCGCUCGGUGAACCUCAGCCUCCACCGUACCAAGACGAGGGCUCAGGGGCCUGCGUGGGUUCUCGAUCCCGCUCAGAGCGAGGGGUCAGGAGGACACCGUCCACACAACACUGUGACAGCCCCCACUGCUCCAGUGAGGCCAGCGGGGACCAGGACACAGAGAGUUACCUCAACAAAGCCUGUGAUGAGGACAUACCCAGUGACAGCACUGCUGUUCUAGGGCCAGAGGAUGGUUCUGGUCCUCCGCUUCCCACUGCCUACGAGCCAGAGCCCCUCGCCAAAUACGGCACCCUGGAUGUCGCCUUUGAGUACGAUUCCAGUGAGCAGUGGCUGGCCGUCACUGUCACAGCUGCAACUGACAUUCCUGCUCUCAAACAGACCGGCAACAUCUCGUGGCAGGUCCACUUGGUCCUGCUGCCCACCAAGAAGCAACGUGCUAAGACCGGCGUUCAGAAGGGCCCGUGUCCCAUCUUCACAGAAACAUUCAAGUUUUCCAGGGUGGAGCAGGAGGCCCUGGGAGACUAUGCUGUUCGCUUCCGCCUGUACAGCAUCAGACGGAUGAAAAAAGAGAAGGUCCUGGGAGAGAAGGUGUUCUACCUGACGAAGCUCAACCUGCAGGGCAAAAUUGCUCUACCUGUCACCCUGGAGCCUGGCUCUGAACUUACAGGCUGUGGCUCUGUGGUGAGCGUGUCUCGCAGUGCGGGGGCUCUGUCCUAUCGCUCCACUGAAGACUCAUCCACACCCGAGAUCCUCCUGGGUCUCAUCUACAACUCUGCCACAGGGCAGCUCUCAGCUGAGGUAAUCAAGGGAAAUCACUUCAAAACGACAGCAUCUGAUAAACCCGUCAAUGGUCUGUUUUGUUGUGUAAAACACUUCGUAGGGGGACAGCUUUAUAUCAUGAGAGACACCUAUGUGAAGCUGACCAUGCUGGACUCAAAGGGAAAGGAGAUGUCCAAGUGUAAGACGGCCGUUUGCCGUGGCCAGCCCAAUCCGAUCUACAAGGAGACAUUCGUGUUCCAGGUGGCACUCUUCCAGCUGUCCGAGGUGUCACUAGUGGUGUCGGUGUUCUGCCGCCGGAGCAGCAUGAGGCCCAGGGAGAGGCUGGGCUGGGUCUCCCUGGGCCUCAACAGCACCAGCGAGGAGCAGCAGGCCCACUGGACAGAGAUGAAGGAGGCUGAGGGACAGCAGGUCUGCCACUGGCACACCCUCACCGACACAUAGGAGGACGAUUUUCCAAGACCGAACUUCCAGAAAGAGCAUUCCCUCUACAUUUUCGGAGCGCAAGAAAACUCCCUGUGGGAUGUGUGUUGUGUGUGUUGCAUAGAGGUGUGAGAGGUGAGCAUGGGUUCCUCGUCUUAACUGCCAGACUGCAUGAAUACCCUUUAAUCUGCCACCUUUCUCUGAGACAGAUGGACUGACUCCUGCUUCCGCCUUGUUUACAGGACCAUGUUAAGACACUUCCAGACAUUUUUCCGCCUCUGAAUCUUGGACCAAAGAGCUCGGUCCAGUACUAGCAGGCUCCUUCCUUCUUUCCUUUUCUGGAUUUCAGCUGCCACCAGCAUACCAGACAUUACUCAAUCAGUCGUAGCCACCGACAAAAGACAAUGAAUGAAGAAGACUGUUACAAAGGGCCUAUAACAUGCUGCAGCUAUACUUACAAGCUAUGCUUUAUACAGUUUGUUUACACGCACAUGACAUUAUGCAAGAUCCAUUCAUUGGUUUUUCCUUUUAAGUUCUUGGGUUAUUCUUCCUAGUCUACCAGUUUUAUGGUCGUUUCUGUGGGCUGUGCGUUAAACAAAGACAGAUUUUCUUUUUUAUCUCGUGGCCUUGCAUAACUCAGUGCACUAUGCAUCUGACGCCACUUUAGACGAGAGGAAUGCAAUUCUUUCUUGUGCUUGCCGAGUCUCUUACAGAAUUGGACACAGCUCUGCAUGCCACCGGUAUCAAAGAGCAGCUUCCUUUCCUGUGUAAUGCAGAUCGAGCCUGUUUCACUAUUCAGCCUUCUAACAACUCAGCCAUGUUCAUUCAUGUAGAAACAUGGUGCUUCCCGCUGAGGAGGAAUAUGCAAAAGCCUGCACAGGCCAAGUAAACCUGGCCGUUUCUGCCUCGACUGUGUACGCUGUAAUUUGAGUUUGAGUGGCGAAACAAAUCACAAGAAGGAGAUGAUCAUAUUUUCUCAUUUUCAUUAUUAAAUAAAGGCUAAAAUAAAAUGGGGAAAAAAUGUUCAGAACUGAGAAAUCUUAUUAUCCAGGCGAGGGGUUCAUCUGGAACAAAGGCCAUUUUAAACUCCUCUGAAAGAGCAGCUAUGAGUCAGAAAAUCCCCCGAUAAGAAUGCUGAAGACUGCACAGCCACACCCUUGUAUUAGUGAAUGAAACCCUUUCCCCUGCUUCUGCUGGUUGAAACCGAGAGGUGUGGGGCGCAUUCUUCUUUCUCUGUCCCAGUGAUGUCAGAUUUGAACCCUUCUUCUCACUUAUGAAUACUGCAACCACUCCUCGUCCCUUUAGAGCUUCUGUUGGGCCAAUUUCAAUUUCUAAGUUUUCAAAAGAGGUUUUUGCAGGUUUUAAUAAAAAACAGAUGUUAUCUAGAUUUUCUAAUAGAUGAUCAUUUUUUUCACAAUCAGGAAUAACAGAAAAUUUUUAGUUUGGUGUGCACUUAGUUUUAAAGUGCAGGUUGUGUUUAGCCAGCACUGAUAACCAUUGACACAAUAUUGGGGAACAGGGCUGUUCGCAUUCUUGGAGAGUUAGCUUUAAUGGCAAAUGUGCAGUCCGAGCCAGCUUAAUGUAGCCUAAAGACUGGAAAUGGAGGAAAACAUCCAGGGUUGCCAGGUCUGUGGUUUUCCUGCUUAAAUGAGCUGCUUUCGAAGUGUGGGAUGAAAUAUUCAUGGGCUGGCUGGAUAGAUGGAUCAUUCUGCAUUUCGCAUAAAAAUUACAUUUAAAAAAAUAUUACUAAAGUACAUUGUAAAAAUAUAGUUAAAAUAUUUACUUAGAUCCAGACUCCAGAUCAGCACAUGGUGCUGUAAUGCUCUCCUCCUUCAAACACCUGCCUCUCAUUCCCAACUCUGGCCACUGAGUUAGUUUUGUGACACACACACAGCAGGCAGCCCUGGAAGUGGCUGUGACUAAAGAUAUAAAGGUCUGCCUGACAAAUCAAAUUUUUGUGUAGCAGGUUAUGAACAACUGGUAACUACAUGAUAUAUGUUUCACAUCUCUUAAGGUUUCUGCCUUAAUUUUCACAAAACCACAAAGGGGGAAAAAGUCAUUUACAAAUUUUUGAUCUGCGCACAAAGUGGAACAAACAGUGUUUUAUUUCUGAGAAAAAUGACUCACUGGACACUUUAUUAGGCACAGUUCUUCAUAGCGUAGAUUCAGCAAAGUGCAGGAAACAUUCCUCAGAUAUUUUUGGUCCAUAUUGACAUGAUAGCGUCACGCAGCUGCACAUCCAUGAUGCGGAUCUCUCGUUCCACCACAUUCCAAAAGUGCUCUAUUAGGUUGAGGUUAGGUUGUGACGUUGGAGGCCUUUUUAGGACCAAGCACUCUCUGAUUUAAGAAAACCGUAAAAACAGUGAGACUAUUUUGAGCCGUUGAGAUAUUUGCAUUAGUAAGAAGUUAAACAGGUAAGUGUUGUUCACUUAACCGAAGACACCAAAGAGCUAAAAAGGUCACCUGAAGGUAGGUGGUUAGUUUUAUUACCUGGGGAAAAAAGCUGUCAUUUCGGGGAAUGAUGGAAAAUAUUAACGUCAAAGCUGAGAAGCCCCACCAAAGUUUACCAAGUAGGAACUCCAACUAUUAGUGCAUUGUGGUCAGAAAUGGAAAAUUUCUGGGAAGUAGUAGGUUGCCAAUAUAUGCAGCAC